CAGAUGGCAUGCCAGAGGAUGACAAUGCUGUAGUGGAAAUUAGCCUGAAACUUGCAAGUGUUUAUGCCUCCAGAAAGGACUAUGAGAAGGCUGUGGAGGGAUUUCAUUUCUGCAUUGGCACACAGGAGGCAAAGAUAAAGAAGAUUGGUGAGAAGGAUCUAGAUGAAGACACCCUCCUACUCUGGGCUAUGAGCAUGGACUGGUAUGCACGAUUCCUGCUGAGCAUUCAGAAGUAUGAAAUGGCAAAAAUACAUUUCAUCAAGGCAUAUGAGAUGAGUGAGCGUGUAAAUGGUCCAGGGCACUCGCAGACUGCAGUUUUGUUAAAUGAUAUUGGGUCUGUUUGCUCUCUACAGAAGAAUUAUGCCGAAGCUGUUGAAUAUUUGGAAAAAGCCAUUGAUGCUGCAAGGAUAUCUCAGAGUGCAGACAUUGCAUCAUUUUAUGUAAAUCUUGGUGCUAUUUAUCUACAGCAGGAAAUGUUAAGUAAUGCAGAAAGAUACUGUAAAGAGGGAUUGGCAUUAGCAAGAAAAAUGAAGAAUGAAGAGGCUGUGGAUGAGGCAAAUAGUUGUUUAGCAGAGAUUAAUAAUAUAAAGAAAAAAAAGUAGAUUACUCAUUGUAAAAAUUGGGAUUAUAUAUAAUAGUCAUUUCUUUCUAAUUUAACGUAUUGUAUCAGUACAGAUUUUUAUGAUCAUUUUAAAAAUCCAUAUUUUACAGUUAGUGAGAUUCAAUAAUUUGUUUCCUUGUAUGUUAUGUUAACAUUAUUAAUGCUGUAAAGCCAUAUUAUUUCAUAGAAAAUGGUACUGAAUAUGUAUCUUAAAAAUCUUGAUGAUCAUUGGCAAAAAGAGAGAAUUCUCUGUCUCAUGGAAACUCAUCAAUUCAAACAAUAUUUAUAUUAAUCUGAUCCUUUCUUCCUCCCUUCUUUUUUUCCAUCCCAUUUUUACUUAUUUUUUCCCUUUUCCUUGUUUCUUCCCUCCUUUCUUUCUUCUUACCUCCCUCCCUUUAGAAAAUUUAGCACUGCUUUACAUUACAGAUUCUGUUGACCACUGUCAUAUAUUUGUAAAUGUUGACAUUUAUAUGCAUGAAUCAGAAUCUUUAGAAAUGACAAGAGAAACGACUGUUGUAGUUUUUGUGAUAGAUACCAGCUGAGACAUGCUGUUUGCUUGGCCAUCUUGGGGAAUGGCCUAAACAAACCUUGUAAAUAGAGAUAAUAAUCCCCAAUAAAUUGUGCUUGCUCUAAAAUUUGAUCUAAUUUAUUUAUUUUGAUGGUGAGUGGUGGAUAAAGAAGAUUAAGUUGUCCUGAUGAAUAAUAAAGAGAAGGCUGAAUGUACUGUACCAUAUUGUAUAUUUGUUUUUAUACAGAUUUGUAA